UUGAAACUUUCCCCAAGAAAAAAAAUGUAAAAAAUCGUCCUAUGGAACAUAAAUGUUUUGCACACGUGUACAUAUGUACAAGACGGCAUAAAAAAUUUGGACGUUUGCUUUCGGUAGUCCCUGUAUUGUUUCAGAUAAUGGAAUAAAUUUGGCAACAGCGUUGACAUUGGGAUUUAAAUGUCAAUAAUUUGAAAGUCAACGACCAUAACCUAUAAUUUAAAUUUAAGCUUGAAACAUGCAACAAUAAAUAGUCAUAAAAAUUUUUUACACGAUGUUAACGUAACACCCACAAUGAUCAUUUUUACAACUUCCGUUGUCACCAUUUUAUCAAAAUUACCGUUCAUUUGAAGUAUCAAAAAGACCGCAAUGGAGAACACUCGAAGUCCAAAGCAAAACAAGCCAAAGAAAUUAGUUAGUAAAUUACUACCGAAUAAGAUUCCAAAUAAAGUAGGAAUUGCACAACCGAAAAGCACCUCGACGUCACAAGUUGAUAAUUGCAAAAAUUUCGUUACUUCUGAUAGACCGUUAAGUAUAGGCAACUAUAAAAUGCUCGAAAACGAGAUUGAAUCCAACGGGCAAAUUCGACGCUCUUCUAGUAUAUCCGAGGGGAAUUUUCUUAAAGAAACUGCGGGGCUCGAUAAUAAUAAUAAGUUGCACGAUAGAAGCGUAUCGAUUGAUAACGUGUUUCGAGGGAAUAGUGCGAAAUCGAAUUCCAGUAUGGAUAGUUUAGCCAGAAAGGCAUUAAUGGCGGCACAAGUAUUGCAUUUAAUCCCGACAGUCAAGGCGAGACAGAGGAAUUAUUUACAAGGCAGAGUCGCUGCCAAUCCGCUGCUGGGUACUGUCGAACUGGAACGAAAUUUUCCAACUAGGGAUGUUACAAUUUUUGUCGGUACUUGGAAUAUGAACGGCCGCGGUCCUCCAAGUGAGCUAAACGAUUUCGUCUUGCCAGUAGGACUUGAAAAUGUACCUGAUGUGUUGGCGUUCGGAACCCAAGAGUCGUGCUCAGAGCGGUACGAAUGGGAGGUUUGUUUGCAGGAGACAAUCGGUCCGUCUCACGUUCUUUUUCAUUCCCAUUCUUUAGGUACCUUACAUUUAGCCAUAUUUUUAAGACGCGAUUUAAUUUGGUAUUGUUCCAUGCCCGAAGAUGCGAGCCUGUCUGUUCGGCCAGGUACGGCAUUUAAAACAAAAGGGGCGGUGGCUGUAUGUUUCAUGUUAUUCGGUACGUCGUUUCUUUUUGUUACCGCCCAUCUUACAGCACAUCAAGAGAAGGUGAAGGAACGGGUCUCCGAUAUAACAAAAAUUGUUAAUUCUUUGGAUUUGCCAAGGGCAUUGCCGCUGAAAACUAAAAAUAAAGACGUUACCCAAAACUUUGAUUAUGUCUUUUGGUCGGGUGACCUAAACUUCCGUUUAACUACUCCUCGAACAAAAGUAUUGGAAUGGUUAUCGAAGACAAGCUUUCCCCUUCCGGCUCACUUACCGCACGGAUACCUGCACAACGACCAGUUGUGCUCAGUGUUGUCGGACGGUGCGGCGUUUAAAGGGUUUCUUGAAGCGAAUAUUACCUUCCCACCAACGUACAAGUAUGAUCCGGGCACACAAACGUUCGAUACAUCCUCGAAACAGCGGACGCCAGCUUACACCGAUCGAAUUUUAUACAAACAAAGGGCCACCCGACGCUUGAGUGGGCAGUUGGAGACCGUUCCUUUGCAGUGUUUGAUCUAUGAUUCUGUGCCGUCUAUAACUACAUCCGAUCACAAACCAGUUUGGGGUGUUUUUCGAGGACAUUUACGCCCGGGUCUUGACACAAUUCCUUUGGCGGCCGGCUUGUUCAACAGAGAAGUUUACAUGGAAGGGCUUCGUAGGAGAGCAACGCUAUUAUCUUUCGACCGAAAUGGUUCAGCGGUGUGUUCAAUUCAGUAAUCUUAUAUUUUAUGUGUUCGGCCAUUAGUAUUUUUGAGUGGGCAGCGUUAUAUUCCGAGUAUACACUUAUAAACGUCCAUGUUGGCAUCUAGAUACGUUAGACCGUCGACCUUUUACCUCAGUAACCAGUAGAGUAUUACUACAAUCGAUGGGCAAUUGUCGCCUCGUAACUUUGUAGUAUCUACAGCAGACUGAUUGAUAUAUUAUGCUAGUCAAAAGGGUUGUGAUGAAAACUAUUUUAAGGGUUUUCUGUUGUGAAUAAUUUAAAUGAAGGUUCUUUACAUUUAUUGGUCAAAUUUUUUAGAAUCAAUGUACUAUGCUACAGCGGCUUUCACAUCUCCUUUGUGGAUAAAAGGGCAAUUUACUUACGUAUAUUGUAAUGGUCCUUGGAAUUGAGAAUUGUGUAUUUAUUAAUUUGAAAACGUUAAAGAUCAGUACAACUGAUUUGAUAUGGAAUUCAUGGCAGUUAUUAUUAUUGUGGAAGCUCUUUGGUAAUAUUUUUCUUACCUUUGUAAGUCCCCAUCGUCCACCUAUUAAUUAUAUGUUUGAAUAUGUGCAUUUGCCAUCAGUGACCUCUGACACCGUCCCAAAUGAAAGAUGUAUGUGUAAGAGACUCUGUAUGGAAGUGUCAUUUCUUUGUUAUGGAAGAAUUGCAAGUAAGGGGAUUGUUAUACUAUUUUCAUGUACCGGGUGACCCAAUAAGACUGUUCCUCGGCCAUAUCUUGAGAACCGUUCGUCAUAUGACUUAGGGGUAAAAAAAUAUUGGGUAAAUCGGUCAUGAAGAAU